AUGGCCAACCCGCUAGCAGCUGGCAUCGUUCCCGCCCAGCUCGGCUUCCUGGCCAUCUACAACCCCAGUCUCGGCACGACCGACGAAACCGUCGAGGACCAGAUAGUCUACUAUGCCUCGGCUAGUACUCAGUCGAGCGCAAAACGGCGCCGCCACCGCGCAGCCAAGGACGGCCGCCCAACUGAUAUCCUCUCCAACGAAGAGCGCAACGAGCGUCUUAGGCAGAUAGGCCUCGCUCAGGGCAUGGUCGAGUUUGGCCGUAGUUUCUCUGGAGGUAAAGCUGUCGAUUCUAUCGACACCGAGCGCACCCGCGUCGUGCUGCAUGAGCUAGAACCAGGCUGGUGGAUUCUCGCUUCCAUCGACCUCACCCGCCUUCCGUCACCCCCAACCAAGAUAACCUCCUCCACCCCACCACCGCAGAGAACCAAAACCAGCACUCCCCCACCCCCCAAAUUCGAGUACUCUUCCCGCGAAGUCAAGCCUCCCGCCCUCCUCCUGCAAGACCUCCUUCGAGCGCACGCGCUCUUCCUCCUGCACCACAGACCCUCCCUCUCCGCCCUCCUCAACCCCACCCCCGCCACCCCCAACACCACCGACGCCGUCACCGCCACCCCCGACACAACCCCCACCACACCCACCGCCAACACUUCCCGCCCACCAUUAACCGCCCUCCUCGCCCGCUACUGGGACCUCUUCCUCUCCACCUGGAACGUCCUGCUGCAUGGCAACCCGGCGUGUGCCGUGUUCGCCGGCAUCAAGGUCGCCGCGUGCGGCGAGCUGGGGAUGGGCGUCGGCGAGGAGGACCGGGGCAGUGGAGAGCGUGAGGUGCUUGAGGGUUUGGUGGGGAGCGGGGAGGGCGGGUUGGUGGAUUUGGUUGUGGGGAGGUUUGGGGGAAUUCAGGAUCGCCCCCCUCUCCCCUCCCUUGCCCGCAGUUUUUUGGUUCCCACUUUUGUUGGGAAGGGUGGAGGGAAGGGGAAGGAGCGGGCUGUCGUGGGGGAGGGGGAGGGCUGGCUUGGGUUGGGGAAGGAGGUUGGGCCGGAGGAUGGGCUGGUUUUCUUGGGGGCUGGGGCGCUCUUGAGACCGUCGCUGAGGGCGGUGGCCAGUUGGAUGGAGGAUGUUUAUACGUGGGGCGAGAGUGCGUAUGGUGUGUUUGAUGGCGCAGUUGCUGGCGGCGCGGCGCGGACGAAGAGGAGGAGGACGGUUGGUAAGAAAGCGGGCGUUGCUAGAGUGGCUGCUGCUGGGGAUGGAAAGAAGGUCCAAAGAAGUACGAAACCGAAAUCUGCAACGCCGGAAGCAAGUGGCGCUCCUGGGAUCCAAGAUGGGGAUGCUCAGCCCGGUCAAGCCGCCGAGAGCGCUCUACCAGACGCCGGGGAGGCCAACGGCGGCAUGGACAAAAUGUUCAGCUACCUCAAGCUUGGCUACGGCACUUACUGGUCUCUGGGUACUGCUAGCCCUGCAACAAACUCGGACGCAGACGACGAAUCAACACCAAACCCAGCCGACACUGAAAACGCUGCUGCACAGAAGCCCGCAAAGGACCCGGACGCUGGCUUCUUUCUGGUCGGACUCGACAAGCAAGGUACUGAAUCAGAGCAACCAGAGCAGUUAGACUCCCCAGAACGGGCGGAACGCGCUAGCCCGCCGACUGUCACAGUCGAGCUUGACCCCAAAAGCCGCCAGGGCGGGGAGUUGGGCGUCGUUGGCUCACCAAGCAUCGAUCCCAGCAAUCAAACUCCUAAGAAGACGAACACAACUCAGCUGCGGCCCGUCAUCUACGCCCACAGACCCUUCAUCUACAUCCUCCUCUUCCAGCCCAACACAACCACCCCCUCCUGGGACGAGCUCUCUCAAUCCCUCCACUCACAACUCACCCGCCUCCACAAACCCCUCCUCACCUCCACCGCCUACCGACCGGAUAAGCCAAACCUCGGCGUCCCCACCACCUCCCAGUCCGAGAUCUACGACCUGGUCUUCGACCCCCACACCCUCACAAUCCACUCCACCAUCCCCAACAUCCCCAACCCCACCUUCCUCAUCCCCAACCCCUCAACCAUCCUCGCCCCGCUGCCCUCCUCCCCAGCCGCAGCCUGGUCGCGCGUGGAGGCGCUCAACACCCACAACCAGAUCCUCAACAUGUUCGCCGGCUCACGUGGCGACCUUGCUGCGCUGGAGCGCACAUGCAAGACCAGCCGCGGGUGGUGGGUCGUCUGGAAUCGCGUUCUUGAACAGCGGCGGGGUACCGGGGGGGAGGUCCAGCAGCAGCAGCAGGCGGCGUCGUCGCUGGACGAGGGGGAGGGGUCGGACGAUGCGAGCGACGAGCACGCGGCGGUGGUGGGGAAGGAGAUCUUCCUUGUUCGUCGGGCGAGUGACCAUGGCGGUGUUGGUGGCGUUAGGGGUGUUAGUGUGUCGUAUGUGGGUGGUGCCUCGGGCGGGUGGACGGAUGGGGCGAGUCGGCUGGCGCAGGGGAUAGGGGUCGAUACGAGGAGGUAUAUUGAGGGGUUGUUGAGUUUGAAUCGGUGA